CUCGUGGGGCACGAGGGGUAGGUGGUCACCCUAUGCAGUAUGUUAGACGUCCCGUCAGAGAGCAAGUUCGAGAGUCCAUCCCAGCAGUUGUGAUUGGGGUCAUCCUCAUUUUGGUGGGCAGUGGUGUUCUCUUCUGGAAUGAGGGGCGUGCAGUACAAACAUCUCGUAGUUUGGAUGAGGGAUAUAAUGCUGUCAUAAAAGUACAGAAUUCUACCAAACUAUAUGAAGAAAAUAAUCACAAGCUUGUCUAUGUGUGGGGUCCUCUGUCAGUCUCGCCCCCACUUGCAGACGACUACUAUGGUGUUGAAAUUAGUGCCGUCAGGUUGAAGAGAAGGGUGCAGAUGUACCAGUGGAUUGAGGAAGAAUCAUCAAUUCGAUCAGAGGAUUCGCCUGAUAUGCCUGCUGAUACUUCAUAUUCAUAUUCCUUUGCCUGGCGAGAUAAAGUUGUCGAUAGCUCUUCAUUCAACAUCCCAUGGGGUCAUGAGAAUCCAACGUCGAUCCCAGUACCAGCUGUGGUGCAAGUUGCAGAGACAGCCAAAGUUGGUAUUUACCACCUGAGUCCUGCAGGCAAGGAUAAGUUUACGGAGUUCAUACCUUUCUCUGGUGAUGAACAGCCUGAAGGAGACGAUAUCAAACUGCAUGGAGGAAUGUACUAUAUCACCCGAGACAUAUUCAACCCUGACAUUGGAGAUUUAAGAGUCCAGUUUUACUAUGCUUGUCGGGCUGGUGAAAUGGUGAGUGUUGUGGGCCAGCAGAUAGGUGAGACUCUCCAUCCUUACCUCACAAGCAAUGGGAAUGAGCUACUGAUUGUUCGCACAGGGAAACACACCGUGGAGGAGAUGUUCUCCUCUGAGCACGCCCAGAACCGCUUCCUGACUUGGAAUUUGCGGUUGGCUGGAUGGUUCUUGAUGUUCAUUGGACUGACCUGCGUCUCAAAUAUUGUCCAUUCUCUCAUAAUAUGCUCACCUCUUCUGAGAGACGUGGUAGCACUGGGUCUGGGAUCUGCCAACCUGACUCUGAGUAUGUCCACCUCGCUUGUGAUCAUUGGAGGGGCUUGGUGCAUCUACCGCCCAGGGUUGGCUUUACUCAUCCUUGUGGUGGCUGCACUCCCUUUCAUCCGUGCCGCUGUCAAACAUCAGUCAACCGUUGGGCAUUCAAGGAGGCCCAAUGGAUACAGGCGAAGCUCAGCGGACUGAAAAGUUGCAAUUUCCAAAAUGGUUUCAGAUGUGUGAUGUUUUUUCGUCUGUUGCUGUCAAAAUUUAGUCUUUACUAAAAGUGCCAAAGAUUUUAACUCUGUGAGUAAAACUGUACCCUCAUUGAUUAAAAGAUUUUUAAUGUUGUGAUGGUUUGACUGUUUUUUACUUAGGUCAUCAAUGUAAAGUGAAAGACUUUAUGAAAUUGAUAGGCAUAAAAGAGCUCAGUAGGGUCUGAAGUGUUUAAUUCAUUUUGUAAUUUUACACAUUCAUGAUAAUCAUAGGGAACUGGUUGGAACCCCAUAAACCUAAUGUUUUCCACAGUUUUAUACCGUACGUGUUCAAAGGUAGCCUUUUUCUAAGAUGUUGUAAAUUAAAAGAUUAAUCAUCCCUCAUUAGGCGGCAGUUUGAGGAUUUUUUUUCAAAUCACAUAGAUGUAGGUUGUGUGUGUUAUGAGCACAGUUUAUAUGCUCAAGUUUUACAUUUACCUGCUGUAUUUUUGUCUUCUUUGUAUUAACAUUUUAGGCAUAUAGGUAUAUAUAUUUCAAUUUUCUUCAUAUAGAUUUGGUAAGGCUAAGGAACCAAGUGUAGCUGCAAUAUAAAUGUUUCUUUUAAUUGGUAAUUGUUCCUUGUAUGUGUAUGUGUAUAUUAUAUAGUAUUAUUUAAAUCAUGAUCUUCUCUCAUGAUUCAGAAGCAAUGUUUGUAAUUAGUCAAUAAUGUGGACCAAGUUUGUCGUUAGCAUUUACAUGAAUAUUAGUGUAAAUAUUUAAAGAGACAAAUAGAUUAGUUCAUCAUUAUUUAGUAUUAUUUAUCUAGUUAAUAUCUACCAACUUUAGUCUAGAAAUUAGUUAUUAGUUAACCCAUUAAUGUCAGGUGGGCAUGUAUAUAUAUCCUUCCUGCUGUCAUUAAUUUUGGUCACAUAUAGAUGGCUUCACAAGUGCAUAGCCCCUAAGGAAUCAGGUAUUAAGAGUAUUUGAUCUCACCUUCCUUGAAUUUUUGGAAGGAAAAAUUAUGGAUUUUCAGUGUUGAUAUAUUUAAGGAGGUUCUAAAAGUAAUAAUGUCAACAAUGAUAUUGGUAUUAGAAAUCAAACUUUUCUAAAAAAAGAAUACUGGAAUGUGGUGAAUAGAUAAGGUCAGAUAGGCCUAUUAAUUGACUUCAUUGUGAUGAAGUGCUUGUAAAGCCAUUUGUGUAUAAUCAAAAUUGGCAAAACAAAACUGCAGUGUAGAAUGGGUUAUGUAUUCUUGUUUGUACUAUAGCUCAACUCUAGUCAAAUUUAGUAUUAUCCCUUUUAAAUAGUACAGUACCAGUUUUUACUUAAAAACUCUCUGAUAAUGUGUUUUCUUCAUGUGAUUACACAUUAUAUAUAUUGUUGUUAUUUGUAAAAUCAUUAGGGAAAUAAGUUUUCCAAAUGAUUAUAUUAUUCUCAUGGAAAGAAAAAUUAAGUCAAAAAUAUUCAUACAGUUACUGGAUAAUAUACAAUCAUUCUGUUUGAAGAUUCUUUCCAGUUGCAGCACUGGCUGCUUGCUUUGAUUUGUACAGUUUUUUUUUUUUUUUCUCUCUCUCUUUUCUUUUAUUAAGAAUGUUUGUUAUUACUCAACAUAUUUACUUUGUCUCUCUCUGUGGAAUACAGUGUAGUCUGUGUUGUAAGAAACAGAUUUUUUAACUCUAUAUUUUUGAUGUUUGUGAAUAACAUGUGGUUGUGAAGCUCUUUUACAUAACAGAAGAAAGAGUAUUUUGCUUUCUAAUUUUCAGAUAUAUGUUCCAGGUUAAACUUAUAAGGAGUAACUAGUGAAUCUCCAAACUUUUAUGAUGUACAGAUUUUGUCUGUUCUGAAUGCUAUGUUAGAUUUUGUAAAUCAUAGGGGAUUGAGACUUGUAAAUACUCAGUCUGUGUAUUGCUGUAUUAAAAGAUUAUAAUUUUCGACAUGUGCCAGAAGAGAGGGAAGUAAGAAGGCAAAAAGAUAUGUAUGGGAAAUUGGCACUGGCAUCCCCAAUUAAAGAAGAUUAAAUGAUAAUUGUCAUGUUUAACCAUACAUGAGUUUAUUCUUAUUGAGUGAGAAUACAAAUAUAGUAUGUACAAAGGUGAAUGGAAGCACAACACACAAUAAUAAAGAGAGUGAUAAACCAAAACAGGUUUUCUCUCCUUUAUAAUUGUGGCUGUUUUGUCUCAGUCAGUAUAUUUUGCUGAUGAUUUUAUUGAAUUCUGUAAAUACUAAGAAAUUAAUUAUUUAGUCCUACUUGUCAAAACAUACAAUUAUAUAAGGCAAUGAAUAUAGGUCAAGAAAAUAAAGUUAUGGUUGUGAAAGUAGUACAUGAAACUGUUCUUUAAUGGUUUCUAAGAAUAUACAUGCACAUACACUCACCCCCCCCCCCCCCCAACAUUCCCAUACAUACUUCCACACUCACUUCCUUCCUCAACACAACAGAUAUUUACACAAUACAUCAAUAAGUAUUUUCAUAAAAGUACAUAUUUGCAAAUAAGUGUGUCAUGACACACACACACACACACACACACACACACACACACACACACACACACACACACACACA